AUGAUCACAACCCAGCCCAGUUUGGAUCCUCACAACUUAAGAACCCAGCGUCGUGUGACGUUCCAUCUUCCGGAUGGUUCCCAGGAGAGUUGCAGUGACAGCGGGCUGGGAGAUCCAGAGCCUAGCAGCACGGCCAGCACCACCCAGCCUCUUCCCCUCAGCUUCCCCCAGGAGGAAUACUAUGAGCAAACAUCACCUAACAGCCGCACUGAGGGAGAUGGAAACUCAGACCCUGAAUCCACCAUUGAGGUGAACCUGCAGAAAGCCUUGGCUGAGGCCUCUGAGACCUGCACCCAGGAGUGUCUGAUACUGGGCCACUCAGACAGCUGCUGGAUGCCUCCAGCUUUGGCCCAGUUCCAGGGUCCUGGCAGUAACAACCCCACCUCUAUCCCUACUGCCACCUCCAUCACAGGCACCCAUUCCUCUUUUGGCUUCCACCAGAGUUGUGACCAGGGAGCCAAAGCUUACAUGGGCAGCAUGGGGGUCAUGGAUGGCCGCCAUACCCUGGGCAGGUCAGUGCCUAGAAAAGAUGAAAUGGACAAAGGGAUCAACCGACCACAGUUCUACAACACCCUGGACAGACACAGUAAGAAGGAAGAUCCUGUCAAGGUCAUCCCCCUUGCGAGCUUUUCCUGCCCUGGUCAGCAUACGACCACUGGGGGCAGCAGCUCUUUCUUACAUGAGCACCAGUUGUAAGCAUCAGAUAUUCACGGGUCUGUCUUACGCGACUCCACCCUCCUGGAGGCAUUUUUUUUUUGUCAGUGACUUAUGAUCAGUCUGUAAAGUACCGGCUCAGUUUCACUAAUGAAGGCAUCUGAGAAUGGCUUUGAUCACGAUGUCAUACUGUCUGGGAUCAGUCUGAAAGCUUUAGCACUUGACAGGAAAUGUAAGUCUUAGCUGACCUAUGUAACAUAGAUAAAAAGGUAGUUCUAUACCAAAGUAGUUCUGUCACGGAAAAUAAAAGAUCCUUGUUGCUUUCAGUUUGCCUAUGUUUGCUUAGUGACAAAGAAAGAAAGAUGUAUGCUUUAAAUUCCUUGGGCCGAGCUUAGUGGAAAUGUGCCCUAAAAACUAUUUUCUCGCAGAAACAAAUAAAAAGUAUUUUAUGAUGAGUGUGCUAAACUGAGCUAAAUGUUAAUUAUGAGCUAUGGAUGGUGCUUCUGUUCAAGUUCUAGUGAAGUAUUGCUCUGUAAAAGACACAGCAAAACCUCCUUUGGUGGUAAGAGAUGUUUCUUUUUUCUCCGCUCAACAUGUUUCAGAAGUCUAUUUUGGUCAGGGGACUGCAGAAGGAUAACAAAAAAAAAAAAAAAAGUCUACAAAGCAUAACUAGGCCAACGUUAAACAGCACCGGUAGACUUGUGUAUUCUACAUUUUCACCACGGACAAGUACACACAAUAUAGCAGUAAAUAAAACACAGAUCCCACAACAUACUCACAUACAUACAUGGCAGAAUGUUUUCCAUAUGGUGGUUGCUUCAUCUCUGCUGUUUUUUUAAAAGAAAAUGUUCACUCCGAGUGUUAUCCCAGUAGCUUAGCCUUAAGCACAGACAGAUGUGCUUUGGAAAUGUAUCCUUUUGUUUUCUUCCCUUUGUUUCUAUUUCUCAGAUUUUUAUGCUCAGAAACUCAUGCACAGUAACAGCCAUGGAGCCAAUUAUGAAAUUCUCAGUCUAAUUACUUUGAUGUGUGAUCUCAGUAGCGACCCUCGUUGUGGUUAUGCAGUGUGGAAUGAUUCUCUUGGCUAGCCAGAAACACGUGUAGAGGUAAUGAAAAGGUGACAAGCACUUCAUCACAGCUUCAUAGCAGCUUAUUACAGUCCCCUUCUUCCCAUCAUAACAACACCUAUGCUCUUGCUAUUAAUUAAUAUUUUGUGUUUUCACAAAGCUCAAAGCUUCGAUUAUCAGUUUUUAUGCCCGUGUUGACACCAGUAUAAUAGAAAUGCAUGAUUUCUUUCUUUUUUUUGCAAGGUCCUAACUGAAUUAUUGAUGUUAAAAAGAUUCUUGCAGUUAGAAAAACAAUACUGGCAUUAUUUGAAAGGACUUUUCUGCAGGCUGCUCCCACCCAAUGUUUUUAUAUACACACUCCAUCUCUGUCUGCGUGCGUAAGUUGUGCUGAUGAUGAUAACUACUUCAGAAUAACUGCUGUAACAGAUUGGGUGUAGUAUAAUCUAUUGCUACAGCAAUAAGUGACUGAUACAUUUGUCUCUCCAGUAACAUCCAAGCCAGGUGUCUACAUCAUCAGGUAUAUGAUUCAAGUGAUUUAUUUUCGUGUACCGUCUUGCAAAUUCGGGACAGGACUGAAUCUAUAAUGCAACGUGGCGUUCUCAAGGGAAGGUGCGAGGUAAAUUGUGUCUGCAUGCUCUUAGCUACUACACCUAUUCUCUCUGAUACUGUAGGGUCAGGACUCCCGUCUAAAAUGAUCACAGGAGCAGUGUCUCAAGGACAAAGGAAGGGGCAAAUCAUUUAAACAACUCAUCCUAUAAAUUUAAGAAAUUAUCCCUGUUUGGGAAUCCAAUUUCAGCUCUUUUUUUUCUGUUGUUCUCUGUGUCACUUUAUAGGAUAAAUACAGUAUGUAUCAUGGAAUGGAACAAAUAAUGCAUAUUUAAUCAAAAGAAGCACAUAUCAAAGGGAACACGCGUCAUGAUGUCACAGAAAACUGGCAUUUUAUCAAAAAGCCAACAUCCUUGAAGUCCUUUAAUUUCUGGUUUUAAUAAACGUAAAAAUGUUAUAGAAACUAAUUUACCAAGAGAAACACGUACAUCAUAUACUGAUGGAGUGUAUGUAAAUAUGACACAGGAAAUGGUGUCCUUCCUUAUACCACACACAGAGAGAGAACCCCUGUGAAAUAAGAAGGGGAUAAACACAGUGUCACACUCCUCUAAAUUAUGGUUAUUUGAAAUAAUUUAUCCAAUCACGUGUACAAUAAGCACAAAUGACAUAUAUGUAACUCACUGUGUUUUAAUGUACUCUGCCUACAAUAAUCCAUAUGUACUGUGACGUUACAGCUCGGCUACAUCAAUUAGAAAAAAAAGUCCUUGAGGGAAUAACACAGUAACGGCAUGAAUGUAUGUCUUUUGAUAAUUUUGUUGAUUGUUAACAUGUUUUUUUUUAUCACAUGCCCUUUGAAUUGUAAGUGCAGUGGUGUUUAAAUUAUUAAAUAUAUGUGUUAAACAAUUAACAUUUCAAAUGUUCCUUAUUCUGCUUUUGUUAAGUUUUGGGGUUUUUUUUUGUUUGUUUGUUUUGUUUUUGUUUUUAAUCAUUCACAAAACAUAAAAGUGAAAAUUGUAUGAGUGCUCACUGGUUUUCCCUUGAUAUGAUUCGGGUGGCAAUGCUAUUGUUUUCUCUCAAUUCCCUCUCCCCUGAUGAUGAAUAGAAAACACACUAUACCUAACACUAAGAAUGAAUUGUUUUAUUUGCUGAACCUUUCUAUUCAGAUGUGUGUCAUGCUAACCCAUGUUAUGGCUGCAUGAACUGUUUGGACUAGCACAAGGCCUUUUUGACACUUGCCUAUGUAGCCCAUGCGUCCAUCAUUCAAUUCAGUGUCAAUAUUGAUGUUUACUACUCUACCUGUUUGUCUGUCUUAUGGAGCAAAUCAAAUGUUACACGAUGUAAACACUUCAAUCUUUGUGAACUGUGCAUACCACUUUUGCAUCCACGUACACACAAAAGCAGUAUAUAUACUGGCACGAAAACUGGAUUCAAAAUUGUAUGUAUCUGUACCCCGAGUAAUAAUGGUUAAAAACUGGAAAGUCAAACAGUAAAGAUGAAGGGCAACUGGUUAAUUAUUGGAAAUCAUUAUGCUGAUAAAAAAAAAAAAGGAAAAUGGGAAAGCAUAUAAAAAAGUGACGAGAUGACAAUCUCCGUUGUAAUGUAAAUGAUACAUAUGCAUAAUAUUGAUGCGAGUGGAUUUGAAUGUGUUUAAAUGGUGUUGGUGUGUGUAUGUGUCAGGGGGAGUUUGU